CACCUUGAGCACAAAGGGCUGAUGUUGUAAUCUCUGUUUACAGCUAGCAUUGUGGUUGUACAUUAUUACUAGGCUCUUAUGUUGUACACUGUAACUUCUGUGUUUGUCUUUAACCUACUAAAGUAUUGUAGCAGUUCACUUACAAUUUACCUGGCUUUGGGAGUCAAUGGAUUAAUGUCUUCAGGUGAUUAUCUUAUAAAAUCCUGCUGGAUGUAGACUCUCACGUAGAUUCUACAAUAGAACUCUUCACACUGUUCCCUUCUACUGGAUGCCAAUAUAUACAGAAAUGUCAUAAUUCCCUGGACGAUAUGCUGAAAAAGCACAUGUGAUUGGGAACUAUUGUGGACAGGGUCAGUGUGUAUAGCUUUAUAUACCUGUAUGUUGGAUGUUACCUCACUUGCAAGGUAUAUAUAUAUAUAUACUCAUGGAUAGACCAGCGAUUCUCACAGCCUUGUUUAGGAUUUUUGUGGCAGAUCCGGACCGAUUCUUCAGGAGUCGCCGCUCCAAAAUGGCCACUGUGGGGGAGCAGACGCCUGUAGUUAGUAACCACACCAAGGACAAGGCUACCAAAGCUAAGGUUACUCUAGAAAACUACUACUCCAACCUCCUUUCACAGAAUGAGGAGAGAGAAAACAGGUAUCGGCUCCUUGAACAAUCCAUGGAAAAGGAGGGACUGUCUGAUGAACAGAAAAAUGAACGGCGACAACAACACGCGACUAAAGAGACAGAGUUCUUGCGACUAAAGAGAUCUCGCCUAGAUAUAGACGACUUUUCUCCGAUUAAAGUUAUAGGACGAGGUGCCUUUGGUGAGGUGCGACUAGUACAGAAAAAGGAUACGGGACAUGUUUACGCAAUGAAAAUUCUACGAAAGCAGGACAUGCUGGAUAAAGACCAGGUGGCCCACGUACGAGCGGAGAGAGAUGUGCUGGUAGAGGCAGAUCAUCAAUGGGUUGUGAAAAUGUAUUACUCUUUCCAGGACGCACAAAACUUAUACCUCAUAAUGGAGUUUCUGCCUGGAGGAGACAUGAUGACACUGCUGAUGAAGAAGGACACACUGACGGAGGAACAAACACAGUUCUAUGUGUCGGAGACAGUGCUGUCCAUUGAUUCCAUCCACAAACUGGGCUUCAUACACCGGGACAUCAAACCAGACAAUUUACUAUUAGACGCCAAGGGACAUAUCAAAUUAUCAGACUUUGGUCUAUGUACGGGCCGUAAAAAAUCCCAUAGAACCGACUACUACAAAGACCUGUCCCAGGCCAAGGCGGGCGACUUCUGUGACUACAACAAAAGUUCCAACCCCAUGGAUUCCAAGAGGAGGGCAGAGAGUUGGAAAAGGAAUCGGAGAGCGUUGGCAUAUUCCACGGUUGGCACCCCAGACUAUAUCGCCCCGGAGGUGUUUCUCCAGACAGGUUAUACAAGCAGCUGUGAUUGGUGGUCGCUAGGAGUCAUUAUGUAUGAAAUGAUGAUAGGGUAUCCACCAUUUUGUUCUGAAAAUCCACAAGAGACAUACAAGAAAGUAAUGAACUGGAGAGACACUCUUAUCUUCCCGCCGGAGAUGCCUAUAUCAAAUGAGGCUAGGGAUUUAAUUAAAAAGUUUUGCUGUGAUCCAGAACACAGGCUAGGUGCUAAUGGUAUAGAAGAAAUAAAGUCAGAUAUAUUCUUCAAAGGAGUAGACUGGGAACAUAUCAGAGAGAGGCCUGCGGCCAUUCCGGUGGAGGUAAAAAGUAUAGACGAUACCUCAAACUUUGAUGAUUUUCCUGAAAUUGAUCUCAAGUGGCCAACGUACCCAGAACCACAAGGCCAGGAAGCCCAGGACAAAGAUUCCAAGUAUAAAGACUGGGUGUUCAUCAAUUAUACAUACAAACGCUUUGAGGGACUCACACAACGGGGAAACCCUUUCCCUAAGAGCUAGUUAUAUAGAGUGUUAGUUACUACAGAUAUAACUGACAGGUGGAUUAUAAUGACUGGUUCACAUGUACACACACACAACUGGCAGUUAACAAAGACACUGUUAUAUGCAUCAGAGACGGUUUUGUUGCACCGCCACCAUCACCAACACCACUGCGUUUAUUAGUUUGUGGUUUCUCAGCUUAGUUACAAAUGGACUGUGGCAGGGUCUGGGCCAGUUCCAGUGGUGUUUAGUGAAAAUUUGAACAGAAUGUGAUGACGGUAAAAUGUCAAAAGAAUUAACUCCAAAACAGAUCACUUGUGAAUGUAGAUGGAAAAACACAGAACAUUGUUUGUGGUAAUUAGAUUUUAAAGUGUAGACUAGAACCCCAAACAGCAUUGUCACUACUGGACAACAAAUCUUUAUGUCUGCAAUCAAAAAAAAUUAUAUAGCGAUCUGUCAUUAGCAAUAGAAACCUCCUACACAUUUUCGUUUAAUUGUAUCCCUUUAAUUCUAUAGUGAUAAGGGUGGAAAGAUAUUUCUGACAUAAUUCAUAUCGUGUUUAACUUCAAGUCAGCAAGCCCAGCUUCAUUGUGACCAGAAGGUGGAUAUGAAUUAUGUCUCGUCAAGUUUAGCUCAAGAGAAUGAAAAGGAUAGAAAAGUCCUGGAAAUGUAACCCUUUUACUGUGUCUUGAUCGUGUGUCAAGCCAUUGGCUGUCACUUCUACAUAGAAUUUGUCAUUUCAACCCAACAGUAGAAUGUUGUAAUGUUUUGUAAUAGCAACAACGCAACAGUAAAUUUCAAUUUAAACCCAUCUUAUCAAGAUCUUCAUUUAAAACAAACUAUUCUGAUGGUUGGUAGAAAAUGUGAAGACGGUUUGAAGAAGUAAACUGUAGAAGAAAAUAUCAGGUUCUGGCAAGCAAAAGCUGAGUUAAGAUGCAAUUUUCUGGCAUACUCAAAAAGGGCAAACAAUAUCUAACAAUUAACAGUGAUUUCUGAGAAUGUUUAGGACUUAACUUAUUCACCCCUGACGACACUUUUGAACUCUCCCAAUUCAAAGGUCAGAACAGUUCAUUAUGAAAUUUCCGAGAUGAAAUCUACUUUUUUUGCUGUGUCUUAACCUAGACUUUUAAAUUCUACAGUAUAUAGGUUACCUGGGUUUCAUAGAAAUUUUGGAAUUCUUGACUAGGACACCACAGACCCGUGACAGAGAUGUACUGUUGGGUUGAUAUACUGUUGCCAAAGAGUAUGUUGUAGUGUUUUCCCUUUAAAUUCAAGUGUCGUUUACCACAAACUGAAGAGUUAAUGAAGAAUGAGAGUGUAUGGCCUCAGGGGAGAUAACUCUUAAUGGAAAUCAGGAUUUCGGAGAGUUUUAAUAUAUUAUACUAUUAAUUAUAAACAUCCCCAUGUCUUUGACGCAUUGUAUGCAAAUAUUUUUCAUCUCAUAUGUAAUUGACAUAUUUGUGGCAUGGUAUUGCUACACUUUGUCCUUCUUUUAAAAUAGUUUCUUUACCUCAAUCCAAACCUACUCCUCCAAACUCGAGUCUGUUGUAUUGUUUCAAUAUUAUUUUUUUCUAAACUGAAAAUGACUUCAAGCUGCUGUAAGUUUAAGCAUUUAAAAUAGAGCAUAAUGAACUAUCCAGAAAAAAAAUAUACUUUAAAUUAUUUGAAUGAUAAUAAAUAAAUGCUUCGAAGUAUAAGUAUAAGUAUAAGAAUUCUGACAGAUAUUUUGAGAACAAUAUUAAAUGUUUUUGAGAGAUAGCCUUUGAUUGAGGUGUAGGGAAGAUUAUGAAAGAAAAAGGACAUCAUUUCCUGAUAAUGCUCUUGCACAAGAGACUUAUAUGUUAUUGUGAAUAUGCACAUUCCAUUUAAUCCCGAGAAUGUUUUAUUGUUAUGAGAAUGAGGUACACAAUUGAUAGGUAAACCAUGUUUAUUUUUUGCCUUAUUUAAAACACUGCUGCGUUGAUUUCCAACCCCAUGUAUAGACUCCAUGUUACACUCCCCAUACUGAUCCCAUCACUGUACACAUUCAGUAAUGGCUGUUAGAUCCCAUCACUGUACACAUUCAGUAAUGGCUGUUAGAUCCCAUCACUGUACACAUUCAGUAAUGGCUGUUAGAUCGGAGAAUUUAUUGGCAACUUGUAAGCUGCUGUUAUAUUUCUUGUGUGUGUAAUAUUGGAAUUUUAAAGAGUGACUGUGACAGUAGAGUUUCCUAACUUGAGUGAAGUUGUUUUUGUUCGCUUAUAGCACAUGCUAUUUUUAAUCGUAACAGAUUGUGAAAAUUAGUAUCUGUGACAACAGUUAUCUGCUAUCUCCCAAAGUUUGUUGAUAAGCAGUGAAAAAAUACAUAUUAGCUAUGUUAUUAUGGGGUGUGUAAACCCCAAAAUUGUUUAAUGAGUCGCUCGUUCACAUUAAACCAACUUUAUUUUGCAAAACAUUGUUAAUAAUGAAAAACCUGUUACUUAUUGCUGUAUUUUCCAAAGAUUUUAAAGUUAUAUGUGCCAAUUUUCUUUUUCACUCUUCUUUCUCCUAUUUUGUGAUUGUAAUGAGUUGAUUCCAUUUUUUGUUGUAAUGCUUAAUGAUUUGAAUGUGCUAUGCAAUAAAAGUGGAAUUUGGAAUAGUUAGGUUUCACUUUUAAGACUUGCAGUAAGUCUACAUGAAACAGACACAGGUAAAUAAACUACUACCUAUUACUUAUAUUCUGUGUCAAAUACAUGUUAAAGUAAAUUUUCUAGCAUAAAUUCAAAAUUGAAUGAAGAUUUAUCAAGACACAUUUAAAAACAAGGAAUGGAUAUACAGUAAAAAAAAACACUAACUCGAACUCAUGGAGUUUUUAGAUCAACAGUUAAGGAAUACAGGGCGUUUGAUAAAAGAUUUUAAUAAAAUCUAAUUCCUAAGAGGAAAUAUCAGGAAAGAUAGACAAUGUAUGAUUGUUGUGGCAUGAAAGUUUGUUAUUCCAGUUGAUGCUCCUCUGUGAUUCUGAUUAGAAAAUGACCAUUGUUAGUUAAUUCUGUCUUUGCGUAUUGCAGAGUUAUAGAUCAAUACCUGCAUACAAGAGUAGAUAACUCUGCAAUACGAAAAGACGGAAUACUGUGCCUCCUUGUAUAUGGAUCUCAGUUUAGUAGAAACAUUUGUCUCACGGAGUUCAUACUUCUAUAAAUGCCAUCACACAUGGUUUAAUUAAACAAGUUGGCCUUUAAAUUGUCAUUAUAAUGGAAAGACUAACAAUUUAAAUAAUUUCAGGCAAAAGCUGCCUUCAUAAUGUAACAUUACCACAACUUUCCGACAGAAAACUGUUGAACAACCCUUUGAAAUGACUAUUACCUAACUGUGAUUGGUAUGAACACACCAGGGAGAUAAGUGUGUAAGGUGUUAGUAUAAUCUAUUUGGUAGCAGAGGCUGGUAAAGGAAGCGCUUGGUUUUCCCUGUUUUUGUUUGUGCUUGCAUGUGUGAUAGUUGGUAAAAAAUGUCAUUUGCCGUGUGAUAGACAACUCUGUUUUGUCAUUGGAGAAGUUUAUAUUGUCAUUAUUAUUAUUAUUAUUAUUGAAAAUAAACAUAAUUAUUUAAAGCCAAUGGAUAAUACGUAAUUACUUAAUGCAUCAGAUAUGACACAAAUACCCCUAACACUACACUGGCUCCCGCUAAAACAUUUUUUUUCUCCGUCUUUACAAGGCUAAUUCAAUUUCAUUCAGAUUUAUUUCUGAAAUUUUGAUGUAUACCAGAAAUGAUAUGUGAAUGAAAAUUAAAAGAAUACCUCACAGAAGGGCCUGUUCUUGUAAAAGUGGGAAACCCAAAGCACCUUAACCUUAGCCAUCUUUAUUGAUGUGCUGAGGAAAUAACUUAUUUUUCAUAAUCACUUAAGGAGCUGUUGGUAGCCUUGCUCAAGUCGGAGAAUUUUACUCUGAGGGGCUUAUCAAAUCUACACUUGUUGUAGUGCAGACAUGGUCAAGUUUAACCUUUUUACUGUAAAAUUACGUACUAUGAACUUAUUGGUGAAGUGGACAGUUGUUGACCGUUGUCAAAGGAUUAAGAUGACGUCAUACUGGCUGUAGACUGCUCGUGGUCACUCAUAAAGAUUUGACCGUGAACGUUUUCCUGUGUUAUAACCCUGGAAGUGAGAUGGGGACAAAGAGUUGAUUAUGUAUUUGGUGACUGCUUCAUAAAUAUUUUCCUUCUCUUCUGUAUAUAUUCUAUAUCUGAACUCAAUUCUAAAGAACAAAAUGUUAAAGGCCAUUUUUGGUUGUAUAAAAACAUGUUCAGAAAAAGUAGAAUUUAAACAAAAUUCAUAGUUAGAUAAAAGCUUGUUCUGAGAAUAAUUGUAGAAUUUACACCCAGCUCCAAGCAGAGAUGAAUAAAGCCAUGAAGUAUAUACAUCUCUGCUCCAAGUUCCUCCGCUGUGAGAAUUGGGUUGAAACACAAGAUCAGAUAUUGGUUAAAGCUUCUGACCAAUUAGCUAAAGCUUGUAACAAAUACAUUACAGUGUGUAGUAUAUAGGGAUGAUAGUUGUUUGAUCUCAUGCAGUUUUUUUUCUUUUCGCACUUUACAACUUCUCGUAGUCAAUGAUACGUUGUCAGCGGAUACAGAUUGUACUUGACCUUCCUCAUAAUCAAAAUACAUAUACAAUGUACUAGCACAUGGGCGCAGAUUUAUCGUCUGUCACCGUACUGCAUUGGUAUCGCAAUAAUGCAUGCAUUUACAGGUCUGUGUGAUUCCACUUUUGUUGUUUUUCUUUGUUGGUUUUCCUUUUUCUUUUUUUAAUUUAUUUGUCAGUUAUAAAAGUUCGAAUAAGAUAUUUUUAAUUCAUUCAUUCAUAUUCAUUUAUUCAUCUGUUUGUUUUUCAAGUGCUUUUUGUUUACCAUAGUUUUAGUAAUGCUUCUAUAAAAAUAUGAUUUCCUUUUGAAUUUUGAAUUUGAAUGAUUUACAUGUACUUGCAGUUACAAGAUAAAACAAUUUCCCCUUGAUGUUAUGAUUCAAAAUUACCAUUUUAUUUGAAGUGAAUCAUUGUGCUUUAUACAUCGUGCCCUAUGAAUGAAAGAUGAUUUAUCUAAAUGGUAUGAUUAGGGGAGCAGUAAUGCUUGCUGAAAGAAAUGUUAACUUUUUUAAAAAUAUAUGAAUUUAGGAAAAAAGCUAUAAGAACAAGAUGCUUCAAAAGCACCCUCCUCUUUUUUUUUAAUCAUUUUACUUUUAAAAGUGGAUGACUGUUUAGAUUUCUUAUACAUGCGUUACCUGUACUACCCACUAAAUGUGAUGUAACAAGAUAAAUUUUGAGAACCCAUAGUGGUCUAUAUAAUAUAUAUAUACGACAUUUGUGUACUUAACUCAAUUGUACACUUGUUUCCAUUUUGGGUACCCGGUAUUCCAAAAAAAAUUGUCAUUCCAAUGUGAACUUUGUACCGAUCAUCUUGUGGUUUAAAACAGUCGUCUACAAUUGUAUAACGUGUAUAGAACUCAACAUGGAAGUGAAACAGUUUUACUCCUUAUGGUAUAAACAUUUGUAAAUGUUAAUACAGUGUAUUUUACUUGAAAAUUGAUCAUCGUAUACAUCUGUUUAAUCUUCGUAACUAAACAUUGUGCACAUGUACAUUUAGCUGAUUUAUGUAUUUGAAUUUUUGCUAAAACUCGUGAACAAACGUAGUUAUUUCUUUACCGAACUUGUGGAUCAGUAGUUACAUCUACUCAGGUGACAAUCAUUUUGCUUCAGAUCCCAAAACUGAUUGAAUAUUGCAAUAAUAUUUUCUUCAGCUGCAAAAAUGGGUUAAUAUUAAAAAACAAUCCAUCUAAAUUUCAUUUUUUGGUAAUUCAAAUAAUUGAGGGUAUACCUUGAUGGUAAUAAUGUGGGAAAUUGUGUAGCAGCCCACACAAGAAAUAAGUAAGCUACUUCCAUUUCAAAAUAUUUAAUCAUUCAUGCACUUUUUAAAUGACCUAUGUGAACUCUGAUGGUCACAUGACCAUGUGAACUUGGAUGAUCACAUGACCAAGUGUCAAUCUAGUGAAGGCCUCCAAUGACUAGGAUUUCACUUUUUAAUAUAUUUUUUAAGCACCUGUUUGAUCAUUUUGUGUUCAUUUGUUCGCCUUAUUUGCCGUCUAUGAGUCGCCCAUGCCUGACACGAAUACAUUAUAUGGUUCAUUGAGCGGUUUCCGGCUCCGAUUGCUUCACUGAUUCAGACCAUGUGUCCUAAUACUGUGAUAUGUAGAUAAUCGUAAUUUGUGUCCAAAUGGGUGAAUGUAAUAAAAAAUAAAAUUAACUGAAUUUUAAAGAA